GAUCUCAUUAAUUUUGUAAAAGUAGAAUGGGAAAAACAUAAAGCACAGCAGGCAGCAUUUCCUCCUUUCGGAAGGUCACCUUAUCCUAGGCCUCCAGUCUACGGUGCAUUACCACAAGGAGGGGUAUACCCGCCGCCUCCAACAAACCCUCCGUUGCCUAGUGGACCACCACCGCCAGUAAGUGGCAAUCCACCUUUACCUCCAACGCCGCCAGUUCCGUCGGCAUCCGCAACUCAGCCUCCAUUACCUGGCAGUAAUGCCGCAUACAGUACUAAUACUAAUACUAAUACUGCCUAUAAUCCAUAUAAUCCCUACAAUCAAACGAGAUAUUAUCAAUAUCCCCAGUACACUAGUAGCUAUUAUCCUCAAACAUCAGCAUCCACGAACAUGAACGCAACUGAUCCCAGUUAUUAUUAUGGUUAUGCAGGUUAUGAUUAUUCAACUGGAUACCAGGACAAUACAACUACAUUGGAUUCACAAACUACUGGAACUCAGCAGCAAAUUUCUUCGUCGAAUUUAAACA